AUGACUUUAAUUACUAAUCAUGUAAGACUGUACUGCAGCAAAAGGGUUAGGUUUUCAUUUGGAAGUUUGAAAAGCUUUCCAAACACAGGACCCACACCUCUGCCGUUCAUUGGAAAUCUACACACUAUGCUUUGGCACGAACCGGGCUAUAGUGCAUUUGAGAUGUGGAGACGAAAGUAUGGACCUGUGUACACUUACUGGCUCGAAUGGCAAUAUUUUAGAAAACAUUCUUCUGACUGGUGUUAUGUGUUAGUAGAUUUGACAUUGUAUUUUUCUCUCGUCAUGUUGGUUGAUCCACAUCUCAAAAAGUAUCAGAACAUUUCAGGACCCUUUCCCUUUGUAAUGAUCAGUGAUUAUCCCACUUUAAAGGAGACGUUUGUCAAAGAUGGCGACGCUUACGCCGGAAAAUUCCAUUUGGAAGAAAUAACAAAGCUUUACAGAGGUACGCGACUGCGAAAGUCAGUCUUAUAUGGUGGUGCCUAUGGGAUUUUGGAUACCUCAGGUGAUCUGUGGCGUGAUCAUAGAAGAUUCGCGCUACAUGUUCUAAAAGAUUUUGGCCUCGGGAGUGACGGAAUGGAACAGAGGGAUGUAUUCGAUAUAGCUGUUGGUUCAGUGACUAAUCAGCUACUGUUUGGUUAUCGAUUUGAUGAAGAGCAUAUUGGCGAAUUUCGUGAAUUAAAAAGUAUGAUCUCUCGACAAAUGCGAGAGUCUGCACAGCCAGCUGUUGGUUUGUUGAUGGUGUAUCCAUGGCUUGGACAUCUACCAUACUUCAACGAUAUACUCAAAACGAUAAUAAGCUACCGUGAUGCUUUCUACUCAUUUUUUGACAAUCAGAUCGAAGAACAUAAGAAGAAUAUAAACUUUGACUUAGCCGAAUCCAACGAUUAUGUGGAAGCAUAUUUGAAAGAGCAAAAGAAAAGAGAAGCGGAUGGUGACGACUCCUUCAGUCACAUUCAAUUACAAAAUGUUUGUCUGGAUCUAUGGAUUGCUGGUAUGGAAACAACAUCAAAUACACUUUCCUGGGGUGCAGUCUAUCUACUCAACAAUCCAAACGUCCAGGAGAUCCAACGAAUGGCCAAUCUUCUGCCAAUGAACCUGCCCCAUGAACUAAUACGUGAUGUUCAUAUAGGAGAAUGGCACAUCCCAGCAAAAACUGGGGUUGUUGCUCAAAUCAGUAACGUACUUUAUGAUGAAAAGGUAUUUCACAAUCCAUUUACUUUUGACCCUUCAAGAUUUAUCGACGAUAAUGGCAAGCUGAAAAAGGUGGACGAGUUGAUUCCUUUCUCCAUUGGAAAAAGACAGUGUUUGGGUGAAGGUUUGGCAAGAAUGGAGCUAUUCCUAUUCAUAGCAAAUCUAUUUAAUCGAUUCGAGACACUUUCAGGCGACGUCAGCAAUUCCAUAAACUUAUCUUCUUUCACUUACAGCUCUCAUGUGUGGACCCAGAAGCUCCGCCGAGUACAAAGAAAACCUUUGGUAUGA